AUGAUCCCACAUUCUUAUAGUGAAAUUCCAGACUCUAUCCAAGCAAUCUUAAGUAUCCCUCCAAAUAAAAGAUCUUUAAGUGAUAUUGGCUCAUUAAUGAAAGCUACCUCACAUAUUAAAUUUUUUCAAGAUCUCAUUGAAAGAGAAAAAAGCAGCAAAAUUCACCAAUCUCUAUGCAAAGUUUUAAGCAUUAAUGAAUAUAAAUCAGGGAAAAAUGUUUUUAAAGUGGGAGAUGUAGCAAAUGCUGUAUUUUUUAUAUUGAAAGGCCAAGUAAGAGUUCUUGUUCCAGGAGAUGCAGAGUAUCAAUAUGAUAUUAAAACAGACUUAAAAGAAGGGCCAAAUUUAGAUGAACAAUCUCCAGUGGAGUUUCAUUCAACAAGAACUCGUGCUAAAACAAUUUGUUUGCCACCAAGUCAGCUGUUACGUAAUUAUGUCCAAAUGAAAAUUUUCAAUAAAGAUAUUGUUGCUGAAAAUAAAAAACCCACCUUUAUUUUCCCAAUAAAACAGCCAGGAUAUAAAGAAAUAGCCACUAUUGGCCCAGGAGCCUCUUUUGGAGAAUUAGCUCUACACAGCGAAAAGCCACGCAACGCAACUUUUGAAUGUUUAAGACCGACAGUUUUAGCCGUUUUAAGUAAAGAAGAUUAUCAAUCAGCAGCAUCCUUGCAUGAAAAAGCAACAAGUGAGAAAAUUGAAUUUUUGCAGUCACUUCCAGAAUUUUCAGCCUGGACAAGACUAGCUUUAUUCAAGCUUUGCUACUGUUUUAGUACACUUACUUUAAAGCGUGGCAACGUUUUAAGUUUAUUGAAUUACUCUAGCAUUUUUAAAUGCAUGAAAGUCCCCUUCACUUGAGGUUCAGCUAAAUUAACAGAUCUGAACAAGGUAGGUGAACCGGCCUAACCGUCGAACCGUUAAAGUUAAUAAGCUCGUUAAGACUUCUCUAGUCAGUGCCAAUCUCAGCACCGACCCUUCUCUUCAAGCCGAGACUCUCAAGAAGCUUGAAUUCUCUCACUAAGCUCUGUUUAUAGGUCCAUCCUGUUUGUGCAUAAGCUAGGACCUAUCCCUAACUGACAUUUUUAAUAUUGUAAACGUUUUAUUUUUAACGAAGGUGAUCCUAUUGAUCAAAUUUAUAUCAUUAAAGAAGGAGAGUUAAAAUACACCAAAAAAUUUUGUGUAGAAGUCCCAAACUCAUCUUAUAUAGAUACCUUAGGCCAGCCUUAUAAUAAAAUUAAAAAAAUGAGAUCUCCACAAACCCGUAGAAUGAAAACAUUACAAAUUGUAAUAAAGCAAAAAGGGGAUAUGUUUGGAUAUGAAGAAAUAUGAAAUAAAAAAAAUAGCAGGCAGUUUACCUGUGCAUGCGUUUCUAAUUCGGCUGAGAUUUUUGCGAUAAGCGAGAAAGAAUUUUUGAAGAGAAUAAUGCAUCCUGAAUCAAUAAAAGUGUUAGAUGAACAUAAUAAAAUUUUGAAUAAUUGGAUUGAGAAAAGGACAGAAAAUCUCCAAGAUAUGGAAAAUUAUAAAGAUAAUAUAGCUUUUACACCUGCACAUAAGUUAAAGCAGCCUUCUAAUACUGUUGAUAUGAUGACUCAAAGACAAUCAAAACCCAAUUACUACUCAGUAGAAUCUACACCAAAACAAGCUAAAAAUCUACCAAAAAUUUUGAUGUCACAAUCUACUUCAACCUCAACAAAAAGUCCUAAGUCUUCAAGCCUCUCAAGACCACGGAUUCGAGAUUUAGAAGAUAAGCCUGAGUUUUCAUACUUUUCUAUGUUUAACACUGAACUUACUGAAGAUAGUUCAGUAAGUCCUUACAAGCAUAAUGGAAACACCAAAAGAUUUAAUGAGGUGUCCAUGACUAGCAGAACAGAAAAAAACCUUAAUAUGAGUUUCAGCCCCACUAAGUUGUCAUCAUCUAGGCACAGAAGAACAAAUAAAUUGAAUAGAAGCUUCAUAUUAUAA